AUCAGUUGUAAUUGGGGGUGAUCUCCAGGCAGCACCUGGAGGUUGGAAACCCUAAUCCUAGCACUGUACCAUCUGAACCCUUCCUCCAGACUCAGGAGUCUUCUAACCUGAGUGGUUCUUCCUUCAGAAAUCUGUAUUCUCCAUACAGGACAGUGUUUCCCAGAUCUGACACUUCACAAGAUGCCUUGUCAUCAUCCUUCUGAGUGUGCCCCCCCCCCCCGGUCCAAAAUUCUUCAAAACCUCUCCCAAGAUCAAAACCUAGCUUGGGGAAACUGGGAAAACCAGUAUAUGUACUUUUGGCUACCUUGAUCUACUCUGCAUGAACACAGAACCAGCUGGCAUUACAGCUAUUGUUCCAUGUUUUUUAAAAAAUAUGGAAGGGUUUUAUCUUUCCCUGCCGAACUGAGGGCCAUUAAAUGUAACCGGCAUAUGUACUUGAAGAGUUGCAAAACUUCAGGUGGCACUGGAGAAACUUAUCUGACUUAUGGCAGGAAGCCUUGGGAGCCUAGUACACCACAUAUGAGAAUAACAAGGCAAGGGCAGCAAAUACUAUGCAUUGUGCGGACCAUCAGUAUUGUGGCUAUUGUAACUGGGCAGACAACUAAGUUGUCAUGUAGAAGGGGGUUCUCAAUAGUUUAUAAAUAGGUUUUUAUUUUGGAAGUGUGAAGAGAUGCAAGUAUAAAAUCUCAGUAUAUUUUUAUAUCCAAGCAUACUCACAUUUCACAUAUCUGCUUUCAGAAGACGGGCAAUACAGGACCUUGGGUAAACAUGAUCCUGCCAGGAAUGGAGACUCCACUGGAUGUUUUGUCAAGAGCAGCAUCCCUAGUGCAUGCUGAUGAUGAGAAACGUGAAGCUGCUCUAAGAGGGGAACCCAGGAUGCAAUCACUGCCAGUAUCCAGUGGUGUAAACAACCAUAGGACAGGGCCACCCCCUAUCAGUCCCUGCAAGAGGAAGUUCAGCAUGGAUCAAGGAGAUGAUGACCUAGACUGUGAAAAUGAACAUGUCUCAAAAAUGAGUCGAAUGUUCAGUCCCCAUCUAAUGAAGACUGCCAAUGGGGAUUAUCGGAAAGAGCACAGAGAAAGAAGUCGCAGUCCAAUCGACCGGGCCGCUGCACCUACAGUGAGCAUUCAUGCUAAUCACAUGUAUGCCUCAAUCCCAAGCUUAACCAUGGAUCAACCUCUAGCACUGACCAAAAACAGCAUGGAUGCUACCCGGUCUAUCAGUAUCACUCCUACAAUGACGUCGGUGGAACGGCAACAGAACCGUCCAUCAGUAAUCACAUGUGCCUCUGCAAGCAAUCGUAACUGUAAUCUCUCACAUUGUCCAAUUGCGCACAGUGGAUGUGGCACUGCCAUGCCAGCCAGCUACCGGAGACCAUCUAGCACUACCACUGCCUGUGAUCCAGUGGUGGAGGAGCACUUCCGUAGAAGCCUUGGCAAGAAUUAUAAGGAGCCAGAGCCGGUGACAAACUCUGUAUCCAUUACGGGAUCAGUCGAUGACCACUUCGCCAAAGCACUUGGAGAUACAUGGCUUCAGAUCAAAGCUGCAAAGGAUGGAGUAUCCAGCAGUCCUGAAUCUGCCUCCAGGAGGGGCCAGUCAUCUUCUCCUUCUUCCCAUAUGGUCAACCAUAACCAUUCGCCUUCCGUAGUCUCAUGAAGAGAGGACCACAGUUUCUUCAUCCAGACGUGCAUUUGCAUGGUUUGACUGAGCUCAGAACAGUGCUCAAACAGUAGUAGUGUUUGGGAGGGAGGAAGGGAGGGAGGUGAGAUAAGUUGUC